CCCCAUCGCCAUGCCUUCCCACCGGAAACGAAAGCUAGACACAGACUUCUCAGCUUUCAUCGCCAAACAGACGGACGCCUCCUUAGUGUUUGCGAAGCAUGUCUUUGUUGACCUGGUCAAAGCAGAUUCCAACCUCGUUUUCUCUCCCCUAUCCAUCAACAUCUUGUUAGGUAUGGCGGCCGCCGGCUCAAAGGGCAAAACACGCCGCCGCCUUCUCUCGUUCCUCAAGUCCGACUCCACCCGCGAUUUCAACGCUUUCUCUUUCCAUGUCCUCACCAAUAUUCUUGCCGACGCCAGCCAUCUCGGCGGUCCCACUCUGUCGGCGGCUAACGGCGUUUGGAUGGAGCAAACUCUUUCUUUUAAGCCCUCCUAUAAAGCUCUCUUGGACAAGUGUUAUGAUGCUGUUUCUCAAGAAGUUGACUUUCGUUUCAAGACAAGUGAAGCAGUUGAUGAUGUGAAUGUGUGGAUCAAGAAGAAAACCAAUGGCCUUAUACAAAAUUUACUUGAUAAGAGUUAGGUUAGUCCUGAAACAAUCAUUAUCCUUGCAAACGCC